AUGAGGGAUAAACGGACAGGCGAGGGAUGUUGCUGGCGAAUGGAAUCGGUGCGAUCGAGGCGAAAGAGGCUGGCGCGAGAGCAGACACGAUUCGGCGAAUGUUUACAUUCCAGGUCAGCCGAUUAUACGACGGGCAUCUUUCAGAGCAUCGGCUUCAAGGAGUUCCACGCUUACCUCGUGCUGCCUGACGAGGAGAGGCGAGAGAAAAAGGGACAGGAAUUGUUACAAAAGAGCAUUGAGGAUCUAAAAAUGGUUACAAAGAGAUACGCAAAGAAGCAGGAAAAGUGGAUUCAAAAUCGCUUGAUUCGUCGCAGUGAUAGACAGGUACCGCCAAUUUAUGUAUUAAAUUGUACAAAUGUCGAUCAGUGGAACAGUCGUGUGUAUGAACCAGCUGUGGCAAUAAUCGAGGCUGUGUUGAAGGGUGAAAAACCAGAGCAGAAACCUGUAAAUGAGACGUUCACAGGUCCUGUGGAAAACCAAAUAUUUCAUGACAGUAGCAAUGCCGAAAAAUAUUACUGCGAUAUCUGCGAGAGGAUAUUUAUAGGUGAACUUCAAUGGAAUCAGCAUCAACGAAGUAAUAAACACAAGAGGGCUUUGAGAAGGAAACAAAGAUUGGAAAAACAAAAAAAGUUGGAAGAACAAGAAAAGUUGGAAGAAGAAAGAAAGACUGAAAAAAAUCUAUGA